GCCCGAACUGCGGCGGAGCUGUCCGGAACAUCCGGCACCUUCAACAUAAACAGCAAUGGCGGAAGCAGCUGCAUCGUCCACAGCGGCCCCAGCGGUACCAGGAGGUUGGACCAAACACGUAACUUGCAGAUAUUUCUUGCAUGGUCUAUGCAAAGAAGGAGACAACUGUCGCUAUUCUCACGAUCUGACGAACAGCAAACCUGCAGCCAUGCUUUGCAAGUUCUUUCAGAAGGGAAACUGCGCGUUUGGGGACCGCUGCAGGUUUGAACACCACAAUCCAUCACAAGACGAGCUGCCAACACCUGAGCCAUUGCCUUCCACCUCCCGAGCCAGCCAACCCGAUCCAGAGCUCAGUGGGCCAACGCCUGGCCUAGGAGCACAAGAUUGGGUCAAUGCUGCAGAAUUUGUGCCAGGGCAGCCGUACUGUGGACGUGUUGAGUCUGCAAACGCGCGGAGCCCUGUCCCCCUCAUCGAGGAGUUUGACAGCGAAGCGACGCGUCACGGCAAAGAGCUGCUGAGGAAGCAGCUCUGUCCAUAUGCCGCAGUCGGAGAGUGCCGCUACGGCCUCAACUGCGUCUAUCUCCAUGGUGACGUGUGCGACAUGUGCGGCCUGCAGGUUCUCCACCCCACUGACAAGGACCAGCGCUCGGAGCACACAAAGGCCUGCAUUGAAGCCCAUGAGAAAGACAUGGAGAUCUCCUUUGCCAUCCAGCGCAGCAAGGACAUGAUGUGCGGCGUGUGCAUGGAGGUGGUGUUCGAGAAGACCAAUCCGAGCGAGCGCCGCUUCGGCAUCCUGUCCAACUGCAGCCACUGCUACUGCCUGAAGUGCAUCCGUAGGUGGAGAAGCGCCCGGCAGUUUGAGAGCAGAAUCAUCAAAUCUUGUCCGGAAUGCCGAAUCACAUCCAACUUUGUCAUCCCGAGCGAGUUCUGGGUGGAAGAUAAAGAUGAAAAGCUGAAGCUCAUCCAGACAUACAAGGAAGGCAUGGGGAGCAAACCAUGCCGGUACUUCAACGAGGGGCGCGGAACGUGUCCCUUUGGCUCCAACUGCUUCUACAAGCACGCUUUUCCUGACGGACGGCUGGAGGAAGCACAGCCUCCGCGGAGGCAGACCGGGUCCAACAGCAGCAGGAACCGGAACUCAAGGCACACGCGCUUGUGGGACAUCCUGGAUGAGCGGGAAAGCACCGACUCGUUUGACAACGAUGACGAGGAGAUGGUGACUUUUGAGCUGAGCGAAAUGCUCCUCAUGCUGCUCGCCGCCGGAACGGACGACGAGGUUACUGACUCGGAGGACGAAUGGGACUUGUUUCACGAGGAUUUGGCUGAUUUUUACGAGAUUUACCUAUAGCUACACCCCACGUACUCGCAUACGCUUCCCCUAUAUCUAUAUAAAUUUAUACAGUAUAUGCGUAUACUGUAUGCACACACUAAACCCUAGAAUGGACUGUCUUGUGCGAGUGAUGGACAGUAGCACCCCUUUCCCUCUUGUAUUGUGGCAGUGCCUUUAAGCAGGCCAUUCAUAAGAACUCCUUAAAAAGAUGAGAUAAGAAAAACGCAUUUUCUAGACAUGUAUCCCUGUGGAUUUUAUCCUGGUGUUGUCCAAACAAAAAAAAACAAAAAAUAUAUUCAGAUUUUGCUGAAACACAAGUUUAUUUGUGGACGUCGGUUUCACUUGUUGAUCAUCUACUGGGUUUUGUACAUACGUCACACACUCAUCACGUCCUUCCAUUGUAAGAUAAAGCAUCUCUUCAUAAGGCCAGAACAGCUUUUUUCCCCCCCUUUAUAUCUUCUAUAUUGUGCUAACUAUUAACCGUAUCCAUGUUCCUUGUGUACUGCAAUGUAUGUUCUGUACCUUGGGGAGCAUUGAUACAUUAAUGCACAUUUUAAUCACAUCCCACAAGAGGAAAGCUAUCAAGUUAAAGGUUUAAAGAACGUCCCCUUGUUUCAUUCCAUGAAAUGAUCCAUCUAACUUAAACCUUAAUUUACUGGGACACACCAAUGGUCUCAUACCAAAAAGCAUCACUUCCCUCGUUUGCUUCACUUGUUUUGUUUUUUUCGUUAAUGAAGUUACAUUCAGACUGUAUGCCAAAUACUUCUCCACUCUCGGUAGCUGGUUUCAACCUGUUGAAGUCCGUUGGAAUGCAUAUGUUUAUACUGAAAUGUGUGUUUUCUAUGUUCCACGGCCAUCCAUCUUAACUUGAAAUUAAAACUUUAUUAUCAA